CGGUAGACGUGUCAGAGUAGCAUAAUAAACGAAAGGAGCGUUCUAGCUGCGAAAAUAUGGAAAGCGUGAGCACCGCGUCCGACAGGCCUUGUGAUCCCCGGUGUCUUCUGAAAUCCGAAGCCGGAGUCAACGAGGGAAAUAUGGGCCAAGGCGCGGUGGACUUUCCGGUAGCUGUAGUCCUUCCAGCCGCUGGCUCUGGGGAAAGGAUGGGCUUAUCCACACCGAAACAGUUCUGCACCUUCCUCAACAGACCUCUAAUCAGCUACACCAUUGAAACUUUUGAUAGAAUUCCAUGGAUCGAGACCAUUGUGGUCGUGGUUGCUAAGGAGAGCCAUGACCAAAUGCUCCACAUCAUUCACAGAUUUCAUCACAUAAAAGUAAAGGUGGUUGAAGGGGGAGCUACAAGACAUAGGUCCAUUUUCAGUGGCCUGCAAGCCUUCAGUGAGAGCGCGGAGGGUCCGUCAUCACUCCCCAGACCAAAGGUGGUCAUUAUCCAUGAUGCUGUGCGGCCAUUUGUGGAGGAAGACUUUCUGCUCAAAAUUACCUUGGCUGCCAAAGAGCAAGGGGCUUCAGGAGCCAUCCGUCCUCUGGUGUCUACGGUGAUUGCCACUACCUCAGAAGGCUACUUGGACCAUUCUCUGGAGAGAACGAAAUACAGAGCCAGUGAAAUGCCUCAGGGCUUUCUCUAUGACAUCAUCUAUCAGGCCUACCAACGGUGUAGCGAGUUUGACUUUGAGUUUGGCACGGAAUGCCUGCACUUGGCCCUGCAGUACAGCGGCACCAAUGCCAAGCUCAUUGAGGGACCACCGACACUGUGGAAAGUGACAUAUAAACGAGAUUUGGCUGCAGCAGAGUGUGUUAUCAAAGAGACUCUCUCGUUGUCAGCAUGCCUCAUCUCAGGAACCAUGGCAGAGACCAUUGAGCUGGCCAGCAAGCUCCAGAAAGACUUGGCAGCUCACAGCAUGACAUUGGAUCUCCAUCCAUUUGUAAAGGGAAAUAAUGAGUUGCUGUCAAAGACCAGGAACUUCAUCCAGAUAUCUGCUAGCAGGGAAAGUUUAUCUGAAAUCGCAGAAAUGGUCAAGGUUUUGGAGGAGAUGAACCAUGCCCUUUUGUAUCCAGUGGUAAUUAUAUGGGUUCAUUUAUACAUGUCAGAAGAGCCAUCCCUUAGACAAAAGCCUGAUGAGCUGAGUUCCAUCAUGGACCUCUCCACGAAAGCCAAACAGAGGAAUGUGUUACUCUACGGUAUUGAGGUUAUUCACUCAAAGAUUCCUGAGCUGUGGGAGAGAUCUGUAGAGAGACUGUCAGAGAUCACAACAGCUCUCAUCAGAGACAGAAACCCUGCAUUAACUGGACAAUUGCUACAUGCCUGAGAUAAACACAUACAGACACACAUUACGCAUCAGUCAUUCACUAAACCUGCUCUACUCUUUAUCGAAACACCAUACAUUAUCAAGCUCUCAUACACUAAGAUAAGUUGUUUAAUAAAAAGUUUGGUUGUAUGUUUAAAAUUACCACAAGAUUGUAUCCUAUAGCCACUACAUGGAAGUUAGGCUGGAGUUUAAUCCUUUCAACUUUAGCCUAAUCGUUUUAUUAUUAACUGUAAAGGAAUGAUUCGGUGAAAAACAAACCUUUUCCACCUUUCCUAGAUGUCGGCGAUCAGCCAACUUUUGCUUCUUUAGUUUAGUGCUGGAUCUACAAGACUAACGUUGCUAAAAAUCAUUAAGUCAAUAGUCACCCAAAUUCCCAAAACAUUCCCAAAACUUCUCUCAAACCACAUCCAGGUCUUCGGUAAGGUCCCGCAGACUUGUCAGUGUGGUUUAGAACACAGCAUGACUUACUGUUAAUGGUAGGUGUUGUGCCAACUCCCCUUCAUGUGCAUGUAUGUUAUACAGGCAUGUGGACACUACAGAUAAUGUGAUUUCUGUUGUUUCUUUUUAUACAAUAACCGUUAGUCUUUCAAUUUUUAAAGCAAAGAUAUGUUCAUAUAUUAGAACAACGGAAUAUAAUGUAGGGAGUUUGCCACAAUGCUGCCUAAAGUGGGUGCCUGCUGCAUUCAUGAAAACUUUGUUUACUUGUAUAGCUUGUAUAAGUUGUUCAGUGUUUUAAACCACAUCAUCAGUCUGUGUGACUUUAAUGAAGACCUGGAUGUGGUUUGAGUGGGUUGAGAGAAGUUUUAGGGAUCAGUUUAUGGAAAGGUCUGGAUGACUUUUGUCCUCUAGUGUUUGUUAGUAAUGUUAGCCUCAUAGUUCCAGCGCUAACUAAAGAAGCAAAGUUUGGACACCAAACAUGUCUUGGCUGAUUGUCCACAUCUAGGAUUAGUGGAAAAAUGUGUAAAUUGUUUGUUUGUUUGUUUUUUGUUUUUUGGUGAACCAUUCCUUUAAGGCUUAUUGUGCAGUAACUGCUAUGAAACUGCUUGUACGUUAUGUAGCUAGGGAAGUCUAGUCCCAUCAACAGGUCCAUAGUCAUUAAGGGAUUAAACAGUGACUCACUGGUGACUCACUAUUAAAACAUUGUUCAUAAGUGGUCAUGCGCCCUAGAUAUAUCACACUUGGUCUAAAUCAUGUUUUAUGGUUUAUGUAUUAUUCUUUGUAUUUUCCUUAUAGCAACUGCAGAGUUCAGGCUGAAAGCAUUAAAGACCCAGUGUUUCUAAGCAAAUAUUGCCCUCUUGUGGAAUAGCAUGAGAAAUGUAUCCCUCUUUGGCACAUCACACUAUCACCACUAGGGGCAGUAUGGGCAUAUCUUUCUAUCAGGAAUCUGGAGGAAGUCUAUGUUUUGUAACAGUUCUUAGACAGAAAGAGUCUAAAGAAAAAGAAGAAGAACAACAAAAAUGGUGCAUGUUUUGCUCAGACUUUAAGAUCACAAUGAAAAUGAAAUAUUUUAGUGAAAAAGUGUGACUGUAGUUUGAAUUGAGUGUACACUAUCUUCAUCAUCAUCUUUGUGACUAACUUCAGGCACAAACUCACUACUCUAAUAACCCGUUAUAAUCAUUCUGGAAUUUUUUCUGUGUUGUUGUUUUCUUGUGAAAUUUAGUCACUGCUUUUCAGAGACCCUUUUUUGCUUUAAUAUAUAACAUUUUUAUUUUGUAUACUUUAGUUUUAGUUUUGACAGUCAAAGUACACUACCCAGAUUUGUAGCCUUUUAUAUGCUGUAAGUACCAUUUCUAUGUGUUCUUUUGUUUUGAGCAGUUGUGCGUUAGUGGUGAAUCAAAUGCCUGUUUACUAUGCAAUGUACACAUUUUUUUUACUGUUUUUAUACUGCUUCCCUUAACUUUAAUGAUAGUGAUUAUUCAUUUAGUUUUCAUUUUGGUGUGCUUUAUGGUCGAACUCACUCAUGACAAUUUAUAACAGUUUUUGACAGGAUCAUUUAUACAGGAUUACUUCUAAUGGAGUGAAUACAAUUAAAAACAUGUUUGACAAAAUUACACAUGCAGUAUUACUUGAAUUGUUAUAAUGGGGAGAAUAUAAUACACUACUCUUAAUACUGUCGACGCAAAAAAAAAAACUUUGACCACAUUACUGUAACAAAGAUUCUGUUCUCAGGUGCGUUUAGUUUUCAGUAUGAUGUUAUUUCAUAGCAGACACUGCUAUGCUAAUGCUUCUUUGGGACAAACAGCAGCUUUCCAAUUUGUUUGGCGGUUAGGCUUAACACUAGCCAGACCAGAGGGAUCCUGCUGACCACAUUUCAUAAACUGGGCUGUUUUUAUAGCGUUACCCUGGCCUGAGGAAAACAGGGCCUCGGACGAGCCCCUAAAUUUGUGUCUGCACUCUGGGGCCAGGCUGGCCUCUCGCUCCUCCUGAGCCAACCGCUGAUUGCUAAUUGAUUAUGGCCUUGGGUUUCCCGUCGGCUGAGCCAGAGUGUGAGGUAAUUAUGGAGGGUGGCAGGAGAGCAAGAGCGUAUUCUAACCCCCCCCCCAUCACUUGAGCUAGCCAUGGAAAAGAACAGUGCAUCGAGCAAGCAGAACCCAACAGAAAUAAUCAGGAGCCUGAACUCAUCUUUUAGUUUUCUUUGAGUGACGUCUACACCUUUGGCA